UGGGCUAUAACAAUAGAUUGGAAACAAAGUUUUUACGUUUCUGUUCUGUGCAGAACAAGAACUUGGAACACACGGCAGAACGCAAGUCGCAACGGAAUAGGAACGCAUUGUAGUUGUAGUUGUCUGUUGUAGACAGGACAGGCUCCUGCGCAUGCGAGCGACGGGACACGGACACACGGGAGUACCGAGUACGGGACAUAAGCCAGACUGCAGCAGCGAUGAGAGCGAAGCGAGCGCGGAGAGAGGGCAGCUGACGAGCGAGGCGCGGCGAGCCGCGAGCCGCGAGCCGCGAGCCGCGAGGGGAGCGUGAGCCCGAGAGGAGAGGAGAGCAAUGCCACUGAUCAGCACCGAGCGGCUGAGCCGCUGAGCAUCAGCAGGGCCGGCCAGCAGCGCAGGCAGCGCGCUGCGCCUCGAGAGUCAGUCAGUCAGCCCAACUCGCGACUCACUCACCCGAGAGUCCCCCGAGACUCCCGAGUCCCGAGCAUCAGUCUCGCGACGGCGGCAGAGCGGAGAAGCAGUGCGAGAGCAGCCUAGAGUUCAGACGCACACACGCCAUGUCCAAGCCUACUCCAGCCCAGCUGGACGCAACAGCUGUAGAGAACUUUCGCCACUACCUAAGGAUACCCUCGGUCCACCCGAACAUCAACUACGAUGACUGUGUAGAGUUCCUACAAAUGCAAGCAAAAUCACUCGGUUUGCCAAUACGAGUCUACAAUGUGGAUCCAAAGAAGCCAAUCAUUGUUAUUACUUGGGAAGGAACUGAGCCUUCUCUACCCUCAAUUUUGCUAAACAGCCACAUGGACGUUGUACCAGUCUUUGCCGAUCAAUGGACUUAUCCACCAUUCAGUGCACACAUGGAUGAGAAAGGAAACAUUUAUGCUCGUGGAAGUCAAGACAUGAAAUGCGUUGGCAUUCAGUACUUGGAAGCCGUGCGACGUUUAAAGUUAAAUGGGCAAAGAUUCAAAAGGACAAUGCACAUCUCUUUUGUUCCUGAGGAGGAAGUUGGGGGUGUACUAGGAAUGAAAGAAUUUGUCCACACAAGUGAAUUUAAAGCUUUAAAUGUUGGUUUUGCUUUGGAUGAAGGAGUUGCUAAUCCUACUAACAAUUACUACAUGUUCCAUGGAGAAAGAUCAAUUUGGCAUGUUCAUGUGCACUGUCCUGGCAACCCAGGGCAUGGAUCCAUGCUGCUAGAUAACACACCUGGUGAAAAAUUAAGAGUCAUCAUUGAUAAAUUUAUGGACUUCAGAGCAGCGCAAAAGGCUAGACUUUUGGAUCCAAAAGUCCAGUUGGGAAAUGUGACAUCUGUCAAUUUAACAAAGAUUCAAGGUGGCGUACAAGCUAAUGUCAUUCCCAACAACAUUACGGCCGUAUUCGAUGUUCGCUUAGACCCAGAAACUAAUCAUGCUGAGUUCGAAGCUAUGCUUACCAAGUGGUGUCAAGAAGCUGGUGAAGGAGUGCAUUUUACAUUUGGAGAGAAGAAUAAAUUUGUUGAAAAUACCAAAUUAGAUGACAGCAACCCUUUCUGGAUCGCGUUUAAAAAAUCAUGCGAUAAACAAAACAUUAACCUGGAAAUUGGCAUAUUCCCGGGUGGAACCGACAGUCGCUAUAUACGAGACCUCGGCGUUCCAGCGAUUGGGUUCUCGCCAAUGAAUAAUACAAAAAUAUUAUUGCACGAUCACGACGAGUACUUGAACAAAGACGUAUUUCUCCGUGGAAUCAAAGUUUACAUGGAUAUAAUUCCAUCGGUAGCCAAUGUGUAAAUUUCCAAACAAGUAUUUUUCUAGUAUUUCAGUAUCUUGAUUAGUGUAAAGAGAAGAAUGUUCACAUAUUUUUAUAAUAACUUUUUUCGAGUUAACAACGAACAACUAAAUACCAAGUGCAAUAUUUUAUAAAGCAAGUAUAUUUUACACAAAAAUGUUCCUUAAAGGACAUCAUAAUCGUAAUCUAGAUUAUGAUAUCUCAUGCAACUGAAGAUUCAAGAUUGUUUAAGAUUGUUUGAAAAAGUGUGAAAGUGUGUGAUAUUUGUAUAUACCAAAAAGAAAAAAGAAAAAAAUUAUUAAUGGUGCAAAAAAUCAAAGUUAUUUAUAUAAAGGUCACGUGCCUUACUCGUUGAAAACGAGUUUUGUUAUUCUUACGAAAAUCGGUUGUGAAGAAGGAAAGUCGUUGAGUCUUUGAAUGGUCGACGUACAGUGUUUGUUGUCAAGUUGUCAAUCAUGCGAAGACAAAGUAGCAAGUGCCAUAAGUGAAAGUGCCAAAAGUUUAAUGGAAAACAGAAGAACUUGUUUCCCGCAAAUACAUAGGAGAUGCAGAAAAAGACAAGGCAAGAAGAGAAUAUCGCAGAGUUGCAUAAAUUACAUAAAAAUGUUACAAUUGAGUAUGCAUUUAUUGAAAUUAACGGAGAUACCUAAUAUAUAUAUAUAUAGAGGUGAUUGUUAGAGACGGAUCAGACAGAAUUGUGAUUGGAAAAAGUUAAAUAAGCAUGAAAUAUAAGCAAUUGAAAUAUGUAAAAGUCAA